CUAGUUGAGCCGGCUUUGAGGCAUCUGUCUGAGUUUGUACCCCCACGUCUUCUCCUUUUGAGUCGUACUCUCAACAUAGAUAAUGAUUUAAAGGCUCUGGGUGGUGUCGGUAUGAUUUGUCGACUGUUUAGACGUCUCUACACCCAUCUCUUUUUGCCCUUUCCUUCACUGGGACCACAGCUGCUGCACAAACAGUUCCUUACCGGCACCGAUGUUAUCCGUGGCACCGUUUUCAUGCACAUAAAGACCAUACAUGGCGCAGUUGCAGACUGCCUCGCCAAACUCCGAGACUCCUAUGCUUCGCUAGUCUCGGCCGGGGCCUGCCUCUCUGCCCUGCAUCGGCUGCGUUCUGCCCGCGGUCAGAUCUCCCAGGAGAGCAGCCUGCUCUCGAGAGGCCUCAACACUUGUCUCGCUCACGAUGCUGCAGUUAAUCCCCUGGACGAGGGCCGCUCUCGUCUCUUCGAUUCUGCGGUCCAUGCUCGGCAAAAUGUGGCGCGUAUCCUACAGGAUGAGCUAAGUCCCUGCUUGAUGCGAUUGGUGUUUGCGGUGUCUGCGGCCUACAGUCAUCUGGUGUGGGUGGUGAUGAAUGACCUUUUUAUGUUCCGCUCGAAGCGUGGCAUUCAGCUGCAGACGUCGCAUUUUGCGGCACGAGCUAAUAAUGCCUCCUGUACCGAAAACCACACCCUCUGGCGCAGUGGUUACCGUGAGGUGCUGGGGAUGUGCAAGGCGCAGUUCCAUGUGCUGAAACAGCCCGGCCUGCUUGACGAAAUGAACAAGUUGCUGCUGCAGUUGAAAGAUUUUCGGUGCAGUCUACAGAGGACACGAUUCAACUUAAAAAAGCAGUGGUACCCUGCCUUUCAGGGAAACCGUCUGGACGAGGUGGUGGAUUGUCGUGCUGACCAGGAUAUAAAGCUUUUGACUGCUUUUUUGCAGUAUCAGUUUGACCUGGUGGAGAAAUGGUGCCGCUCUGUGAAUAACAUAGAACUUCCUCAUGUAUCCCGAAACAUGACUAACAUUAUUCUACGUCUGGCUGACAAUGCUGGACGCAAAGCUCUCAACCGACUGAGUGACGCUGUGCCAGAAACCCUGGAGAUUCCCUACGGUUCGAAAAAUUCUCAGGUGUGCGAUUGGUUUGGUGUGCCAUUUGAGUUGCCUGCUUUGUGUGGAUGGCCUCCGAGUCAGCUGACUGCAAAUGCAGUCUCAUCCGGUCGUGGGCAGAGCAUCUCCCCUCUUGUCAUCAAUGUGGACUCCCCCUUGAAACCGAUUUUGGCGGACGCAAGUGAAGAUGAGAGUACACCACCAGACGACGACAUCCCUUCUACAAGUCCUUUCAUCGCCGAAAUGGAAGAGAAUGAGGACAGGCGAGGGAACGAGGCGGAGGGCAAUGUCAGUACAACAAAGCGGCAUGUUUCCAUCGAAACACCGCUGAUGCGAGAGAAAGAGUAUGGGCUGAUCGACUCCCUGGUGAUUGUUUCGCCCAAUCCUACUCCUCGCAAGUCCACACUCACUCCGGCUGGGCGGGCUGCACGCGGAAAGAGAAUGAGCAGUGGAUCUGUUGAAACAGGUUCCCGUGGGGCGAAACGACUCUCGUUGACAAACGAGCCUACUGGCCCGCUCAGUGGCAUUGCUCCCUCACCCAUCCAUGCUGCCAACCUGGUUAACGAUUCGGCGGCACAGUUGGAUGUACUGCCUGCGUCAACGGGGCCUCGGGAGGUUGAUGGGCUUUUGGUUCGUUCGCCUCCAGUUGUCGGUGAAACCUUCCCUUCUACGAUCGAUCUGACCCUGGAAGAUUGA